AUGUCUCGGCCUCAAACUCCUACGUUUCGGAUUUCUCAGAUGCUGGUGCUGGUUCUUGGUGGGAGUGGAUUUGUAGGCUCCGCUGUGGCAAAAGCAGCGGCUGACAGAGGCAUUGACGUGGUCAGCCUGAGCAGGUCCGGCCGACCCUCCGUCUCCAACGAGACGUGGGUUAACAGUGUCACAUGGGAGACUGGCGACGUGUUCUCCGCCAACUGGCCUGUGCUUCUGACGGAUGUGACUGUAGUGGUGUCCUGCAUCGGGGGGUUCGGCUCAGACGAGCAGAUGGAGCGGAUCAACGGAGAUGCUACAGUGGUUGCGGUUGAAGCAGCUAAAGACUGUGGCGUGCGCAAGUUUGUGUUUGUGUCAGUGCACGAUUACAACCUGCCCGAUUUUGCCAAGGAGAAUGGAUAUUUUAAUGUCAAGAAAAGAGCCGAGACGGCGGUUCUUGAUGCGUUCCCCAACACAGGAGCUGUGCUGAGGCCGGGAUUCAUCUACGGAAAAAGGCGGGUAGCAGGGGGUGUGGAGGUUCCGCUCGAUCUGAUUGGCCAGCCGUUGGAGAAGCUGCUGUCAGCCACUAAGGAUAUCACAAAGCUAUUUUCCCCUCUUCCAGCCUCCGACCUGCUUUUAGCGCCUCCUGUAGAUGUUGCUGAUCUUGCAGCUGUAGCGGUGCGAGCCGUGGUUGAUGACUCGGUUGCAGGGGUAUACAAUAUUGAGGAAAUCAAGAGGCUGGCAGGUGAUUCCAAGUAA